GCGUCCCGAAAGUGCAACGACAGCGCGGACCGGUGACUGAAUUUGGCCGGCACAUCUGCUGUCUUGCUGACUGAACAUGCGCUUGAUGCGCUGUCGGGAUGCCAAGAAACAGUCACCCCAUCACAGCUGGCUUGCUUGGCCUACGGCCGACGAGCAAUGUUGACUCGAGCACACCCAGAGGCGGCCGAGAUCGGCGUCAUAGUUUCGACUCAUUGGCAGACUCGACCUCGUCUGGCUGGGAACAAAUCGACUUUAGAGCCAAAGACAGUCACGAGGAGCCCAAGAACCCCGAGACUGGCACGGGCGCGGUCAAUCUCAACAAUGCCGCCUUUCCGCCAGCGGACAUCAACUCGUUUCAUGACGAGGCCAUGUACCAGGUCGUCGUGGCCAUCAUCAUCUGCUCUGGCACGUCGGCAGCAUUGACACACUUUGGGUGGAACAUCGCUUGGCUGCUCCUCGCUGUCGGGCUGACGUGCUAUUCUAUUCGCCGACGUGUCGAGUCUCUGCGGGAUGACUAUACCUCUGACGUCGAGCGACGACAUGCCAAGAUGGCGACUUCGCAUGGCGCGCCCUCAGAGAGCGUCGAAUGGAUGAACGGCCUCAUCCGAGCAGCCUGGCCGCUCAUCAAUUCGGAGCUCUUUGUAGCUCUCAUCGAUCUUUUGGAAGAUACUAUGAAGGCCAAGGCACCAGCUUUCGUACACUCUGUGCGCAUAGAAGACUUUGAUCUCGGUCUCAAUCCGCCAAGACUGCUGGGCAUGCGCAUGCUUUCCGAGAAUGAAGAUGUCGGCUUCAAGGACAGAGCGGUCAUUCCUGACGAAGGCGACUUUUGUACAAUCGAAGUUGACUAUUCCUACAGGCGGCUACCGACCGCGCAUCACAAGAAACACAAAACGCCUAAUUCGCACCUGCUCGUCUUCAUGGGCAUCUCACUCGGCAAGAUUGCGCGCUAUGAGCUCCCGAGCCUAGUCGAGAUCAGUGGUGUGGUCGGACGAGCCCGUGUCAGGGUUCAGCUCAUCUCAGAUCCGCCUUUCCUGCGACACUGCACGCUCACUUUGCCCAGUCGACCUCGCAUCGACAUUCGAGUCCGGCCAUCUAGAUCGCUCAAACUAGAUUUGAUGAACAUCCCCGGCAUAUCGUCCUACAUCCUCUCUUCUAUCAACAUCGUGGCAGAGAAUUUUGUCUCGCCUCGCUCGUAUACACUAGACGUAUCAAAGAUCAUAAUGGGAUCAGACAUCCCCCUCAAGACCGAGCAUUGUGGUGUUAUCUUCCUCGGCUUGCUGUCAGCAUCCGAGCUGGGCGUACACCACGAGACUCAUCAUCUUGACACUUUCAUCGAAGUUAUCUUGUCCGGCAAAGUCAUUUACAAGACGAGGAUCAUUCGGCAAUGUAAGAUGCCCUGCUGGCAGGAAUCAGUCUUUGUCAAAGUCCUACCUUCUCAUCUGUCAGACAAUGAUGCUAUCAGGAUCACGAUAUCACAUGCUGAUCGUCUGACCGACUCUGAUAUCAUCGGCUUCCUGGACGUCAAGCUGCAAGAGCUCGUAGACAACCCUAGCGUGGUGUCGGAGCGCAGGGAGCCCAUUCGAGCGGUAAGACGAGCUACAGCUUUCGCCGGACAGAUGCGGUACACUGUGGGCUAUUACCCCCUAGCAAAGGUUCUCACGGCGGAUGAGGAUCGCGCCCUUGGCCUUGAGCUACCCGUUGGCUCUCGCCGGGUGCCCUUCCUCGACCGAGCAUCGCGAGAAAGCGAGACUCGGUCGGGAUUAUAUGCCACGAGGAUGCGCGAGAUGCUCGAUUCGACUAUCCCGCCUUCGCCGGACAAGAAAACAGGCCUCAUCUCUGUGCAUAUCCAUCAAGUCGCCAACAUUGAGACACCUACACACAAGCCAGCCGGUAAGCUCUCGACAGAUCGCACCGACGCCAGCCCGUCCACGUACUGUGUCAUCUUUUGCAAUGGCGAACAGUAUCACGAGACUCGCGUGCAGAAGGCAUUUUCGCCCUAUGUCAACCACGGCGAAGAGUUCUUCUGCAAGGAUUGGACAGAUACCCGACUUGAUCUCGCAGUCUUUGAGAAGAAUGAGAACGACCCGCAGGAUACUCUCGUAGGGGCAGUCACGCUCAAUCUGAACGAAGUCAUCUCGCGCCGCAGCCAAGUCUCACACUGGUACCCACUUACUCGAGGCAAAGGUGUUGGCCGCAUUCGGAUCUCUUUGCUGUUUAAGGCUCUUGAUAUGGCGCUACCAGAUCAGCUGCAAGGCUGGGACGUGGGCACGCUGGAGAUCUCUCAUAUGCGCGCACGAGGCAUCGACAGGACGUUCGUGGGUGUAGCAACCGCAUCAGUUGGGACGUACAGCUAUGCGACCGCGGGCGAGGCCGGGGCUGAGCCGUUCGAAGGAGACACAAAUUUUGAUCUGGAUACAUACGCUGCAAAUUGGGCUCACAGAACGCCCAUGCGAGUGCCAAUGUUCGACCGAAGGCGCGAGCCAUGCGUUAUUCAGUUCAAAGAGACUCGCCACUUGCAGCAGGCUGUAUACGGCCAAGCGACGAUUUGGCCCCAGAAACUUGUUGAUCAGGGCUAUGUCCGCUUGACCCUGCCAAUCUAUGGCCACAACCUGGCUCGACAUGCGACGUGCGCUGAAGACGAGCCAGGCGUCGUGCCCUGCAAAUGGGUCGAUCCGGAUGCAAAGGUCUCAAAGUCGAGGCAGCGACGAGAGAAGCUAUAUGAGGCAGCACACCAGCUUACAGUACAAAUGUCGGACCGAGUCAGCGAGAUGAAGCGGAGACAAACGCUCAGCGAGGAGCAUGUCAAAGGCUAUCUCGACGUGACGCUUCACUUUGUGCCAGGCAUCGGGCAGGUCCAUCGCUCUUUGACCGAGGUACCUUUUCCUCUGGUCGAAAGAGCGAUUCGCCUGUAUGGAGCGCUCGACGAUUCCGAGCCCGCUGAAAAGGGCAAUUCUGGCGUCAAGUUCCGCGAUACGCCAACGCGCCCUUUGCAUAAUCCGAGAAGCUCAUCGAGUAGUCCAAAGCAAGGUCGCUCGGCGGAGAAUUCGAUACCAAACUCGCGCAGAUCGAGUCGGAUCUCUCUCACUGGCGACGAAUGGAAAUCCGAAGACGAGGUUGCGGUACGUGACGACGAGGUGGCUGUCGUGCGGCCGAGUAAGCAGGCUAGUACGCCAACGAAGACGCUGAAAUGGGUAAAGAAGCAUAUGAAGCGCAAGUCUGCAAGUGAGAAAAAAUCACCCGCCAAGCCUAUUCUACAUCCUGUCGAGAGCGCGCAUACGGACAGCACGCGCACGGAUUCUACCUUGGCAAGCAGUGCGACAGAAAACACGAUAGAAAGUGCAUCUGACCUCGUCUCGCCUCGACCAUCGACCUCCCUGACAACUCAGCCACUAGAUCAGGCUGUUCCCUCGGGCUUCCACGACAGGGACCACAAGGACUCUUUCGAUCUUCGCGACUCUAGCGUCGCCAGCUCAGACGGUUCUCCUCAUCCGCCUGGCGACCUCAGGCGGCUUCCGCCUGUAGGGCCCCUGAGUGGCGGCUAAGCCAUCUCAAAGCUCACAGAUCACUCCAUCGUCCAACCGCCUCACUCGUGUUUGUGCCAUAUGCAACACUAUCAUUGCUGAUAUUUUAUUGGUGUUGUACCAAUCAAUAUUGAAGACUGUUGAAAGCGUGCU